GAACCAAAAAAAAUAAAUUAGAAUUAUGUCUACAUUUCUGAAUAAUGAACUAUCCAAGAGAACUUCAAUUUUUGGUUUACGUUUAUGGGUUGUUUUGGGUAUUUGUGUAGGUGUUGCGAUUGUGUUAGUUCUUUUUCUUAUCGCACUUUGGUUCACUUCUAAACGUAAUAGUAGAAAAACCGUUAGUAGGAAAACCCUUUCAAUUUCAGCUAAGAAAAAACCCCAAAAUCCCAAUAUCCCUAAAGUAUCCAAAGAAAUUCAAGAAAUUCGAAUUGACCCGUUUAAGACCCCGCCGGAAAACCCGAAAUUGCUCCCUGCUCCGUCGCCGGUUCCGUUACCGGCGCCGGAACCCGAUUCUUUCGAAGAGAAAACCCAGAAUUCCGGUGAUGAACAGAGAAUUCAUAUUGAGAUUGGAAAGGGUCAUAAGAUUGAAUACCCGGUUCGGGUCGGGUCGGGUUCCGGGUCGGGUCACGGAAGUGGGGAAGUAAGGUCGAAUGAGCUGGCUAUUGUUGUUGUACCGGAGGUUUCGCAUUUGGGAUGGGGUCAUUGGUAUACACUGAGAGAGCUUGAAAUUGCUACGAAUUAUUUUGCUGAAGAAAAUGUGAUUGGUGAAGGAGGGUAUGGUAUUGUUUACCGUGGAGUUAUGGUUGAUAACAGUAGAGUUGCUGUUAAGAAUUUGCUCAAUAACAGGGGACAAGCAGAGAAGGAGUUUAAGGUUGAAGUUGAAGCAAUUGGUCGGGUUCGGCAUAAGAAUUUGGUGAGGUUACUCGGUUACUGUGCUGAAGGAGCUCACAGGAUGCUUGUGUAUGAGUAUGUGGACCAUGGGAACUUAGAACAGUGGCUUCAUGGAGAUGUAGGACCUUCCAGCCCUCUUACUUGGGAAAUUAGAAUGGAUAUCAUUCUUGGAACAGCUAAAGGGUUAACCUAUCUGCAUGAAGGGCUUGAACCCAAAGUUGUUCACCGUGACAUCAAAUCAAGCAAUAUUUUGCUUGAUAAGCAGUGGAAUCCGAAAGUGUCGGACUUUGGCUUGGCAAAGCUUUUGGGUGCUGAGAAGAGCUACAUUACUACUCGGGUUAUGGGAACAUUUGGUUAUGUUGCUCCGGAAUAUGCUAGCACUGGCAUGUUGAAUGAGAGAAGUGAUGUGUAUAGUUUUGGAAUUCUCAUUAUGGAAAUCAUUACUGGAAGGAAUCCGGUGGAUUACAGCCGUCCUCCUGGAGAGGUAACGCUAGUUGAUUGGCUUAAAGUAAUGGUUUCAAACCGGAAUGCUGAGGGUGUUUUGGAUCCCAAGUUACCUGUGAAGCCUUCUUCAAGAGCACUGAAACGUGUUCUUUUGGUAGCAUUACGCUGUGUUGACCCCAAUGCUCAGAAGAGGCCAAAGAUGGGACAUGUAAUACACAUGCUUGAAGCUGAUGACUUUCCCUUUCGUGAUGAGCGACGUGGCUCAAGGGAACAUGGUCGUUCAUAUCGUGAUGGCGUGAAAGAGAGGGUAAUGGACAAGCGUGUAAUUGAAUCGGGCGAUAGCAGUGGAUAUGAAAGUAGUGUGCAAACCAACUGGUCUUUGGUCAGGAAACAAGAAACAGAUGAUGAGCAUUAGCAGCACCAACGCAGUUAAAAGGUCAACUCCAACUCUGUCGAUUCAUUUGGAGCUAGCACAUGUAAAUAUCAUUCACUUAAAUUUCCGCAUUGUCAGUCAAUUCAGCAGUCACAGUAGGUUUUGUAGCAUAGCCCUUGUUAUUAGCAUAUGUAAUUGCCUUACAGUUUUGUUUUGAGCAUAGCUGUUUUUACCAGUGA